GCGCGCGGGGCGGGCGCUGUGGCGCUGUCCCCGCUGUCCCCGCGGGGCCCGGCCGGACAUGGCCCCGCGCGGCCGCCCCGCCGCCGCCGCCAUGCCCCGCAGGGGCGCCCGCAAACGCCUCAAGUUUCGCGCCGAUGACGUGUGCUCCGAGCGGGUGACGGUGGCAGAUUAUGCCAACUCAGACCCAGCUGUCGUGAAGUCUGGGCGAGUGAAGAAAGCUGUGGCCAACGCAGUGCAGCAGGAAGUAAAAUCCCUGUGUGGUUUGGAAGCUUCCUGUGUCCCUACUGAGGAAGUUCUCUCCGUGUCAGGAGAGUCCUGUGACAGCAGUGAUGAGAUGGAUGCCAAGGAGAGCAUCAAUGGGAGGGCUGCCUCGAGGAAAAAGAAGAGCAAAAGGCACAAAGAAGAUGCCGAAGCAGGAGGAGGAGAGGAAUAUCCCAUCGACAUCUGGCUGCUCCUGGCUUCCUACAUCCGCCCUGAGGACAUCGUCCGCUUCUCUCUGAUCUGCAAGAAAGCCUGGACUGUCACUUGCACUGCUGCCUUUUGGACCAGGCUUUACAGAAGGCACUACAGCCUGGAUGCGUACCUGCCCCUGCGCCUGCGCCCCGAGUCCAUGGAGAAGCUGCACUGCCUGCGCGCCUGCGUCAUCCGCUCCCUGUUCCACAUGUACGAGCCCUUCGCUGCCCGCCUCUCCAGGAACCCUGCCAUCCCAGACAGUACUCCCAGCACUUUAAAGAAUUCCAGAUGUCUGCUUUUCUGGUGCAAAAAGAUUGUAGGGAACAGACAAGAAGCAAUGUGGGAAUUCAACUUCAAGUUCAAAAAGCAGUCUCCCAGAUUUAAGAGCAAGUGUUGCAAAGGUCUCCAGCCCCCAAUCCAGUACGAGGAAGUGCACACAAACCCAGAUCAGGAUUGCUGCCUGCUGCAGAUCACCACCUUCAACUUCAUCUUCGUGCCAAUCGUCAUGGGCAUGACCUUCACCUUGUUCUCCAUCUCGGUGAGCACGGACAUGCGGCACCACCGUGUGCGCCUGGUGUUCCAGGACACGCCCGUGCGCAACGGGAAGAAGCCGCGCAUGGAGCAGGGGGUGCAGGUGGUACUGGACCCUGUGCACAGUGUCAGGCUCCUGGACUGGUGGCACCCACAGUACCCCUUCUCCCCAAAGGCUUAGUGCUCUCCUGAGGCUGCAGGAGCCCACAGGGGACUGAAUCUGGCAGGCUGAAGAGAAUUUCUAGGAACCAGGAAAUCCUAUUUUUAUUUGUGAAAUAAAUUCUGCAGUCUCCUUGCAAGUGGUUGAAGCUGCUGAGCUAGUUUGUAUGUAUAUAACUUCUGGUCAGUAAUGAGCAGAGCUGAGUGUAAAGCAGAAACUAUUUGUAAACACACUUUUAUGUAAAGUUGACAUUUUAUGAUUUGAAAGGAGCUCCCUGGAACUGUUCAUUUAAAAUCCUUUUGGUGCUAAUCAAA